AUGGUGUAUAAAUAUAUCAGGAAGAGUGCCAUUCCAGAAGAUGAUGAAGAAGCUAUUGAGAAUCUUUUAUGUCGUUUUCAUAUUAAGUCGGGUUUCAUUAAUUUCAUAUCAUUAAUUUCUGGAGAACUGAAGAGGCAAUAUUUACGGGGAACACCGUAUCAGGGCAAAAAGCAACUGAAAAAAGAGACAGUACUAGUGAGAGGAGCAACUUCAGGAAUGGGUAAAGCUGCUGCUUCUGAGUUUGCUUCAAGAGGAGCUCAUGUCAUAAUGGCAUGUCGGGAUAUUGAAGCUGGCCAAAAAAUUGCCCAGGAAAUCCAGAAAAAGACAAAUAAUACUAAUAUGACAGCUUUACAUUGUGAUCUAAGUUCCCUUGAUUCUGUUCGGAAGUUUGUUGAAGAAUUUAAAAAAUGUGAAUCUCAGCUGCACAUUCUUAUUAAUAAUGCUGGUGUGAUGAUGUGUCCAAAAACCUUGUCUACAGAUAAAUUUGAGAUGCAGUUUGCUGUGAAUUACCUGGGGCCGUUUUUGCUUACACAUCUUUUACUGGAUACCAUGAAAGCCUCAGCACCAACUCAUAUUGUCAACAUCACAGCACAUGCCCACCAACUGGGAAGCAUAAAUUUUGAUGAUUUAAACCAUGAUGAAGAUUAUAACCCUGGGCAUGCUUAUGCACAGUUCAAGUUGGCAGUUGCUAUGUUUACUAUAACAUUGGUAAAAUACUUGGAAGGUAGUCAAGUGAUCGUUAACUGUAUAAAUCCAGGAAUUAUAAACACCAAUUUAUACUGCCAUAUGCCUUUCCGUGCACAUUCUUUUAUCAAUAUGUGUUUUUCAUCAUUUAUAUGGUACAUGUUCCAGAAACCAGAAGAUGGAAUCAACACAAUGAUGUUUUGUGCUCUUGAAGAUGCCUUAGGAAAUACAAGUGGAAAAUAUUUUGUAGAAUGUUGUCCAGUUAAUUGGCACGAGACUACUCAGGAUGAAGAUAUCCAGAAAAAAUUAUGGGAAGAAAGUUUGAAAUGGGCAGAUUUAAAAUUGAAAAGUUGAAUAAUGUUCUUUACUGCUUUUGCCUCUCACUAGAGCAUAGCUAUACACAAACACGCACAAACACAUAUACAUAUUAACACAAAAGUUUUGGUUUCCAUCAGUUUUGAAAUGGUACUUGAUUUCUCUCUUUAUUUUUUUACUCUAGAAUGUUUUUAAUUUGAUAUUUUGAUAUUUUUUUUUCAUUUUCAA